UCUCACUUGCUCGCCUGGGUGGAACCACGUCGACUGUUUCUACCGGCGGUCUUCUUACCUGUGGUGGAUGAAGCACCUGGUGAGAAACUACCCCACACAUCUGGUGGGGUAUAACGCUUUGAGCAACGAGAACAAAUCCAGAAUCAAGAAGCAUAUGGUGGAACUCGAAGGACGCGACAUUACAAGGCCACGAUGCUCGGACCCAGAAUACUUUUACUCUGACUCGGAAGAGGACGAGGAUUUUACUCCAGCCCCAACCAAGCAGCGCAAAAUGAAUGAGAUAACAGCCCAAAAAGACAACAAGAAAACGAAAAAGUCUGCUAUUCCAGGUGCGGCAUCAGCAUUAGAAUCUGAGGAUGGACCGAGUGCGAAAAGAAAGAACUCUAAAAAACAAAAAAUGGGACAUAUAGAUUCAAACAAAGAUGGAGGUACCCACUGGACUCCUCAGAAGGAACUGCGUCCCACAGCUUCCAAAGAUGAUACCUUGGAAAAGAAGCCUGAGGCUAAGAACAACAACAACACUGUGCCCGGAGAUGAAGAUAUCAAUGUGCAGGUUGCGUACAUUUCUGGAGACAUUUACGCCAGGGUAAAGACACCUCUAUCUUAUAAUGGACAUUUCGUAAGCUUAAUAUCGUACCAAGCUGGUUAUUGAUCCAUUGUUGUGUUCAGCUGAUAUUUAUCUGUCUGACACUUCCUCUGUACCGUCCUGUAUGGAAUGUUAUUUUCAUCAUUUUCAUCAUCAUCAUCAUCAUCA